GCCUCCCUCCCCCGCCCAGCGCCGCUGCUCCAGCUGCUGUCGCCGCCGCCGCUGCCUGCCUGCUCGCCGGUGUCCGGGACCGGGUCCUCGCUCGUAACACCAUGACAGGCGUCGCCGCUGCUUCCUUCUUCUCAAACUCCUGCCGGUUCGGCGGCUGCGGCCUGCGGUUCGACAGGCUGACCGACCUCAUCGCGCACAUCGAGGACAAUCACAUCGAUACAGACCCUCGGGUGUUGGAGAAACAGGAACUGCAGCAGCCCACCUACGUGGCCCUGAGCUACAUCAACCGGUUCAUGACGGACGCAGGUCGUCGGGAGCAGAAGAAGGUCCAGCCCAAACUCAGCCUGUCACUGACAGGGGGCGUGGCCAGGAGCGUGGCCACGCCCCCACGGCACAGCAGCGGCAGCCUGACCCCCCCAGUGACCCCCCCUAUCACCCCCUCCCCAGGCAGUGAGUAUGAGGAGGAGGAGGCGGAGCUUGAGUCGGACAGUGACCAAUCGUGGAGCACGGAGAGCGCCGUCAGCUCUGAGGUCAUCCUGGGCUCCAUGAGCAUGAGCGGGGGCGACCAGAAGCCCUUCGCCUGCCCCGUGCCCGGCUGCCCCAAACGCUACAAGAAUGUGAAUGGUAUAAAGUACCAUGCUAAGAAUGGGCACAGGACGCAGAUUCGCGUACGUAAGGCCUAUAAGUGCCGCUGUGGGAAGAGCUACAAGACCUCGCAAGGCCUCCGGCACCACACCAACUUCCACCCGCCGAUACCCACCGACACCAUCCGCAAGCUGCAGCCAUAGUGACAGUCACCAUGCCGACACCAUCCGCAAGCUGCAGCCAUAGCGACUGUCACCAUGCCGACACCAUCCGCAAGCUGCAGCCAUAGCGACUGUCCCCAUCCCGACAUCAUCCGCAAGCUGCAGCCAUAGCAACUGUCCCCAUCCCGACAUCAUCCUUAAGCUGCAGUCAUAGCGCUGGUCGCCAUGCCGACACCAUUUGGAAGCUUCUUAGCUGUAGCGCUGGUCGCUGUGCCAACCCCCUCUCCCUUGUUAUGCCACACUGCAGGAUUUUGUGACUUUGAGUUCAUUCUGUUUUCAAAAUGAUGCGUUUUGUAGUUUUUGUACAUUUUGCACAGCUGUGACCUCAUGGUGCCCCCCCAGAGAGGGGCUGGCGGGCGGGUGUGUGUGUAGAACCUGACCUGGGCCAAAUAUGGACCUGAAGCGAUGUGUCUGGCCCAGGUCCACGGAGAACACAGAGUAUUAAUCACCCCCCGUCCACUGAGAGGAACAUGAGACGGAUUAUUCUCUGAACACAGAUCCACAUGUAUAUACAUUUAUAUCUAUAUGUAAACUUUCAUAAUCAUGUCGUAUAUAAAAUAUAGUUAUGCUUUA